AAUUUAUUUGAAGGCUAGUAUAACAAUAUAAUUAUCGAAGUGUAAACAAGGCCGUCGAUCUUAAACAUCAUUAGAAAUUGGUGUCCGAAUUGAUUUAUUUUUAAUUUGAAUAACUGCUCUUUCCAAUCAGUUAAUACUUAGGUCGUAAAAUGUUAUUGAAAUUUGGCUCUCUAAUGGUCUAACGAUUUCUACUAAAUAUUGUUGUGAAUAAAUUUUGCCGCUUCUUACAAAGUGUGGCAAACAUUACGUGUGCGUGUAACAGUUGCAGGCGUGGCCAAACGUUAGUUAAAAGGGUUUUGUAUGUUAGUCAUAACAAUUCACAACAAAAAACAAAACGUAAACCUCAUGUCCUUAGCAAUCGAGGGCAGAGACGCUAUUAAGAAUAUUCCCAUGCUGUUGAAUUAGAAUAUAGAAAAACGUGGAAGUGUUUGGUGUGCGUAUUAAGUUCGUAUUGAAAAGAAAACAAGCAAUAUGAAGAAGCGCUCUCUGGCAGGGAAUAUAGGCUUGGGCUUUUUCGCAUUGGCUCUUGUUUUAGUUGCUGUUGCUUUUGCAACCCCAAGUUGGUUAGUAUCAGAUUACCGUAUAACAGGGGCUAAUUUGGACAGGUUGGGACUUUGGAGUCAUUGUUUUCGUUCUCUACCAGAUCCCCAAGAUCCUUAUGAAAGAAGGUUUUUUGUAGGAUGUCGGUGGGUGUACGACCCUUUCACGACAGGAUAUGAUAAAAUUAGAGGAUUCCUUAUACCUGAUUUUAUGGUAGCUACUCAAUUUUUCUUCACAGUAUGUUUUGUGUGCGUACUAAUAUCAGCAAUAUUGGCAUUGCUUUAUUUUUUAUGUUGUGGGCCAGACAUGCAACGUUUUGUGCUUCUUGUGACAGUGAUGGCAAUUAUUUUGUUAGUGGCAGGUAUUUGUGGUGGCAUUGCAGUAAUAAUAUUUGCUUCAACUGCAAAUAAGAAGGGCUGGAUGCCUGGACAUGAUAAUAACUUUUUUGGAUGGUCUUUUGCCCUUGCAGUGAUAGGAUCUGCUGCCUGUUUGGUUUCUUCAGCUUUGUUUUUUGUAGAUGCUUACAUUCAAAAGAAGAAAAAGGAUGAGAUGAAGGACUCACAAAUGCGCUUUGAAUUAGAAAGAGAAGUGAAAGCUUAGAAAUACCUGUGAAUUAGUAAUAAGUUACUAUGUGUAGUACCUUUUGUAAUUUUUAUCCGUCCAAAUUUGUACUGAAUUUUUUCUUGUUAUAAAUCAUCUUCCUUUUUUGGAAUAUGUUUUUUAUUGUAAAUAUUCUAUAAUACAAACAGAGAUUAAGUAAAUUUUAUUGUAGAAUUGUAAGCAUUCCAUUGUUUUUACCUAAUAAAUUCUAGAUUUAAGAAAUGUACAAGCACAAGUAUUAAUUAGUUAUUCUUUGUAAAUAAUUAUAUAAUUUUGCACAACCCUUAUGAACACAGUUAAUAUAAAUGCAUAGAAGCCGUA